CUGCACUACGGGACCCUCCUGGGCAGCAGAGCUUGUGCCCACAUGGCAGCAGCUGCCUGGACCAGUGCCUUUCUCAAUGCUCUGCUGCACACAUCCAAUACAUUUUCCCUGCCCCUGUGCCAUGGCAAUGUCCUGGGCCAGUUCUUCUGUGAAAUCCCACACAUCCUCAAGCUCUCCUGCUCCAAAUACUACCUCAGGGAACUAAAAGUUUCUGUUUUCACUGUCUCCAUAGCUUUUGUUUGUUUUGUGUUCAUUGUUUUUUCCUAUGUGCAGAUCUUCAGGGCUGUGCUGAGGAUCCCCUCUGAGCAGGGACGGCACAAAGCCUUUUCCACCUGCCUCCCUCACCGGGCCGUGGUCUCCCUGUUCUUCAGCACUGCAGCCUUUGCCUACAUGAAGCCCCAUCCCUCCACGUCUUCCACCUCCCUGGAUCUGGGAGUAUCAGUUCUGUACUCGGUGGUGCCUCCAUCCCUGAACCCUCUCAUCUACAGCCUGAGGAACCAGGAGCUCAAGGCUGCCCUGAAGAAAAUGAUGACUGGAUGA